UCAAAAAGGUGCCCCGCCAAAGCGAAGGCAUAAAAGGCCUGUGUACCUGAGUGCAGGCAGUCAGUGCGCACCAUGUUCUCCGCCAGGCUGUUGGCGCUUCUGUUGAUCGGCGCGGCAUGUGCCAAGCGACCCGAGUCAAGCAAACCUCCACGUGCGGCCGCCGUUUCCGACGCGUCGGCCACCAGAGUGCACAACACCUUCGACCCCGCGCCAUACAGUACUGCCCUCUUCCAACCUGAAAAUCUCGACCUGACCGGAUUUUUCGGCCCCCAGUUCGUCAGCCCAAAACAAACCCCAGGCGUCGACCUGAACGCCCUUUACGCGCAAUAUGGAAGCCCGCACCAACACUUCGCAUUCACCUUUCCCACCAAGGAGGAAUCGCAGCCCAGCCGUCAGCAGAACAGACCCAGGGUCAAGGUUCCUCAGGCGGAGGCACCCAUUCCAAUGAACGUGCCCAACAAACAGGCUUCGGAGGAAAUUUACUACGGCCAGCAGUAUGCACAGCCACCAGCCUACGCUCAAGCCGUCCAGCCGCAAUAUGCAGCCAUCGCCCAACACCACCAACAGGCUCUGGCCUACCCACAGCAGCACGCACCAGCCGUCUACGAAACGGAACAGCCGACUCGCCAGCCCAUUGCAGCCUAUCCAGCAGCCAUUGCUAUGCAGCCGCAAGCCCAUCCUGCCCAUUUGAACCUUCCUCCUCAGUACCAAUACGCAUAUCAGACCCCUGUGGAACAAGCGCAGCAGCCGCCAGCCUACGCUAACCACUUCCAGUCUUAUCAGCCUCAAGCAGCAGCUCAGCAGCCUCAAGCCCUGCAGCCGCAAGGAUUGCCCACCAGACCAAAAAAGGUCGAUAUUCAGGCUGUUCUACAAUCGCAAGUUCUGCCCCAAUUGAAGGGUGCUCAGGGCAUCCAGUUGCUGGAUCUGAGUGAAUUCUUCCCACCCAAGGAAGGCCAGCAGCCCACUUACUUCCACAUUACUCCUUCAGAGGACUACAAGACGGCCAGCUUGACCCCUGUCCAGCUAAGCUCGUUCUACCAACAAGCUGGCCAGCAAUCCCCAGGAUCAAAACCAGCGCAGUCCGCUGCUUAUAUCCCUGACGCUGCCAUUAGACAACCAACCCUUAGUCCUGCCGAGGUCGCCGCCUACCUGAAGCAGCAGGCUGCGUAUGGACAACCGUACGCGCCGCAGAGCACCAGCAACCAAUUUUCCAAGCCCUCCAGCUAUGCCUACUCGCAAAUUUCCAACACCCCUGCUAGACAGCAGCAAUUGCAGCAGCAGCAGCAUCAAAUCGAUCUGAACUCUUAUUAUGCACAGCAGCCCAGUAAUAGACCUGAGGAUACGGCACAAGCUGUUUACCCUGGCCAAACUGUACAAUUCACCGAGCAUGAUGCUUCAAGACAGCCACAGGUCUACUACGCAGCACAACCAAAUGUGGAGCCAGAAGAAGUUGCUCCUUCCAAAGCGCCUUCUAAUGAGGCCCAUCAAUACUCCAAAUCCACAGUCGCAAAGGCAGUUAAAAGAGGCCAAAAACCGACCCAGCUCUCGCACAUUGCCUCACCACUGAAUCCCACUCCCAAUCCGAGCCCUUCGAGUAAACCCCAGAAGAUCAGGCAGCUCGUCAAGAAGCCCCACGCCCAUGGGCCUGGUUAUUCAUUUGAAAUCACAAACGCAAAUAAUAAGAAAUAACAAUCAAUUUACCUGAUAUAAUUCAUGCGAUAAGUGUUUGCUCAGUGCUUUACAAGAAAACAUUACUUGCAUUAUUGCUUGCCAAAGAGAGAAGGAAAGUGCAGUAAAAUAAAGCGUGAAGAUUGUAAUAUGAGACUUGAGAGAAGAAUAAAACAACCGGAUUCACGUGCGCCAAAAGAUAAAUGACGAUUGAAUCGUCGUUUCGCGCCACUGCUCAUUUCGGCUCAGCUUGCAAUUGCGGAGGACUACCUUUUCAACACAUUUAAGAAAUAACCAAAAGGCUUUUGCAGGAACAUUAAUGUAAUUUAAAUUUUUAAUUUCAAUUACUCCUUUUUGGAUUUGCUUGGGUAUAUAAAAAAAAUCAAUACAUAUUAUUGUAGUCCGUUUCACCUAAUAUUCAAUUUUUUUCGCAUGAAUAUUUAUUUUUAAUGUUUAUUUAUUUAAAAAUGACAAUUGCCUGUGUCUAAUAAAGCAGAGUCAUUGAAA